UCUGCAUAUAUUUAUUCCCAUUUUUCCCAGUUGAUUUGGUAUAUAACUUUCAGUUUGUAUAAUUUCAUACUGAUGUUAUUGGUUGGUUAUGCUGGACCAGGUCAACGUCCUCUCAAUUCUUAUGAUAAGGAUAUCAAGAUGUUUAAGCCAGUGAACUUCUUCAAGUGCUACAAUCGUAAAACCAGCGCAUAAGGAUUGGUAUUCAUUUAUAUAUUAUCUUUGUUUCCUUUUUUGUUAAUUUAAAAUUUUAUUUUAGAGAUCUAGGUUUUUGUUCUUAAAGUAAAAUUCUACUUUGCCUUGUCUUAAAGUUUUUUUCGCCUCGUAUAAUGUGAGCAUAAGAAUAAAAGUUGUUAGAGAAAUAACUUUAGGACACAGAUUUGUAGUGUCAAGAAUUAGGUAAAAUUAUGCUAGAGAAUUUUUUUACCCUAUUUUAUUCUUUUAGAGUGUGAUAUUUAAAGAUCUAGACAAAAACUUCAUGACAGUAAGGAAAAUGUGCAUUGAACUAGAAAUGGCUCUUCAAUGUUCAAAGAGUUUUGCUAUGAUCUAAUUCCAUUUAUCUUAUUGUUCGUAGGAACUUCCAACAAUCUUUAGUUCACAAUUACAAGGAGCUCUACCAGAAAGGGUAUUCCUUCAAGUUUGCUACAAAAAUCUGUGGCCUGUGAAAAUGGCAAAAAUUGAUAAUGACUGUUUUUUUUGUGAUGGAUGGGAAAAAUUUGUUCGUGACAACUCUUUGGAAUCAGGGGAUAUCUUUGUUUUUCGAUUCGAUGGAAAAAACCUAUUUGAUGUAAAACUGUUAGGGUUGUCAGGUUGUGAUAAGGAGGGUCUUGGGCAUUUCAAUAUUAGUGUUGACGAUAAGAAUGAAGAAGAUGGUGAAGCAAAAGCCAAGCAAGUGGCUUAUUAUGGAGAUAGCAAAGAGGAUGAUGUUAAGAGCAAUGAAGACCUACACUACAUGGAAAUUGAUGAAGACGAGGAUGCUGAAGAUGAGAAUAGCGAAGAGGAUGACACUGAAAAUAAGAUUCAAGAAGAAGGUGAACCAGUAGUGGAUCGAGUUGCUAUCGGUAACUUUAGGAUAUAUUGA